AUGGUUGGCAUUGGUGAUGGUAUUUUUAAUGCAUUAGUAGUUUCAAUAUUAUUGUUAGUGAUCACAUUCGUUAUAGGUCUGUUACCAUUAUUCUGGCUUUCAAAAAAAGGUUUGAACUUUGAAGUUAUCAAUAAUGAUAAUAUCAAUAUUGAAAAUAAUACUCCCCUAGAUCAUCAACAAGAACUAUAUGUUCAAAUAUUGUCUUAUUUUGGUGUCGGAAUGUUAUUAGGAACAUCUUUUAUGUUGGUUAUUCCAGAGGGUGUAAAUGAAUGUUUGGCCAAUGACGGUAAUGUUGGAUUGAAUUUGUUAAUUGGGUAUCUAAUAGUGUAUGUAUUAGAUAGGUUCACUGGGCUUAUCCUAAACAGAAAUGAAUUGUCUAUUGAAGAAAGUUAUCCUGGUUCUAUCAGUAAUAUAACAAAUUCGAUAAGAUUGGCUUCUUGGAAAGAUAUCUUUAAACAUCCAAAACAAGUACUUCUAAACAUUGUGAAAAAUAAUGUUGUCUUUGCACUCUGUAUCCAUGGGUUAUCAGAUGGGGUAGCUUUAGGUAGUAGUAUUAAUAACCAAUCAGUGUUAAUUGCUAUGUUGUUGGCUAUUGUAAUACAUAAGAUUCCAGCUGUUUUAUCCUUGAGCAGUUUAAUGAUUUCAAGACAAAAUCUGCCUAAAUGGGAAGUUAUAGUCAAUUUAUUUGCAUUUGCUGGUUCAACUCCCAUCGGUUAUGUAAUUCUAUCAUUAUUCAAUUUACAACAGUUAGAGACUAUGAAUUGGUUAAGUGGGAAUUUAUUAUUAAUGAGUGGUGGUAGUUUAUUAUAUGCUGCCUUUACAGCUUUUUCCUCUUCUGAUGAAGAAAAUGGUCAUACUCAUAUUUUUAAUAAGUAUGGGUCACCUUCAUAUGAUAAUACUAUCAAGAAUAACGACUUUAAAAAUGAUAAUAUUCCAAUUGAUGAAUUAGUUGACGUAAGAAAUUAUAAGAUAGUUGAAAAUCAAUCAUCAAUUCGAUCAAGUGAUCAAGUUAAUACUAGAUUUUAUGAUUAUAACCAUGAUAAUUGCACAAAUAUGAACAAUAAUUCAAAAUUGAAAUAUGAUAAAUCUGUUUAUAUAUUAUGUGGCAUUAUAUUGCCAGUCAUAAUAUCCUUUAUUAUAAGAGAAUGA